AUGUCGACUUUUAAUCCUUCCAAGAUUCUCGUCUUUGGCGCGACGGGUAACAUUGGCCUGUUCAUCGUCGAAGCCUUGCUGGACGCCAGCCCCUCAUUCGGUCAAAUCACCAUCUUCACGUCACCCGCCACGGUCCAAAAGAAGGCGUCUUUGCUCGACGGCUGGAAAAAGAAGGGCGCCAAGAUCAUCAGCGGCGAUGUCGACAACAACGAACAGAUCAAGGCCGCCUACCAGGAUGCCGACACCGUCAUCUCGGCGCUGGGCAGAAAUGUCAUUGAGAAGCAGAUCGACCUGAUCAAGCUGGCCGAGGAGACCGACUCUGUCAAGUGGUUUUUCCCUUCCGAGUACGGCACGGACAUUGAGUACAGCCCUAAGAGCGCUCAUGAAAAGCCUCAUCAGGCCAAGCUCAAAGUGCGCAAGUACAUCCGCGAGAACAUCCAGCGACUCAAAUACACGUACCUGGUGACUGGUCCGUACGUUGACAUGUUCUUGACGCUCCCCGCCCUCGCGCAGGAAGCGGGCGGUUUUGAUACGGCAAACCGAAAGGCUGUCUUGGUCGAAGACGGCGAGGGCAAGGUCGGAUUGAUCACUAUGAAGGAUGUCGGCAAGACUCUGGUCGCCUCGCUGCGUCACCCCGAGGCAUCCUUCAACCAGGCCCUCAAGGUGCAGUCCUUCGUGGCGACCGGCAAGGACAUCUUGGCCGAGUAUGAGAAGCAGACAGGCGCCAAGUGGGAAGUGACUUACUCGCCGCUGCAAAAACUCAGGGAGGCCGAAGAAAAGGCAUGGGCCGACGGCGUGCCUUACGCUACCAUCUUCACUCUGCGACGCAUUUGGGCCGAGGGCGGCACAUUAUACGAGAAGACGGACAACGAGAGAAUCGGACUUGGUCCUAGCGAUGUUGAUAGUCUGGAGGUGGCCGUGAAGCGAUCAUUGGGCAAGACCCAAUAG